AUGUCCUUCUUGUUCACCAUCGAGCUCGCAUGUGCAGAAUCUUUGACGAUGAGCGCGCAACAAGCAGUACUCGUGAGGUCCGAAUUGUACUGGUGUUUGUCCCUGAAGGCACCUUGUGAUCAGAUGAAGGAAAUUUGCACCAAUGUUGGCUGCCGGCACGCAAGAAUUCAGUGCGAGAAGGCAGCGGUUGGGCAACAUUGCCAGCUGAAUGGCAAGAUGCUCACUGAUGCUCUUAUCAAAGCAACGGCUUCCAGGAAUCUCAGAUUUGCCGAGGCCACCGUUCUUCCAGCCUACAGCGGCAAUGUGGGAGGGCGACGUGCUCGUGGCAGCCGUCGACUCAAGCUCAAGGCGUCCGGAGGCGUCUUGCAAAAAUUCACGGCCGUGGAGAGUGGGUAUCAACCAGUCGGGCCUGCCCUCGGAGUUCCAGGCAACGUUCGAGGCAUGGGGUUGAUCGAUGAGCAUGUUGCGGUCAUCAGCGAUGAGGGUGUCUUCUCCACCGGUGACCUCAAUUCGUCUUGGCUCAACUCCUCCUCGCACGAGGCUGCAGAUGGGCCAUUAGGUCUUUUGGGUGAACGUGGCCACACCGUGGCUGCGGCAGCAGCGCUGCUGCCUCUCGCCCCUUCUGUGGAGCUGUCUGCUGCGUCGCUGAGUGGUGGGGGCGUGGAUGAUGUGGGCGUCGCAGCCAUCGCCAUCAUCGGCUCGGAUGGGCUGUCCGACGCCAUGAUCGGCCACGGCCAAAACCUCGCUUGUGUUGGCUUUGCUGAGGCUUCGGCUUUGUCGCCUACCAGCUUCACCAGGACGACGGUUACUGUCUGA